AUGGAUCCUUCAGGAGCAGGAACAUGUGCUCAAAUUGCUAGGCAAGAUAGUAGUCGAAAGACUGAUGAUGAGGAUCACCCGCCAGGUUUGAAUUUAUCGGGUGGCGUGAAAACAUUCGUGCCGGUGGAUGCGGAGAGGCGGAUAUCACGAGAACAGCGAGGAUGGAGGAAGUUGAUUGAAGAGGAAAAGGAAAAGGAAAAGGAAGAGGAAGAGGAAGAGGAAGAGGAAGAGGAAGAGGAAGAGAAAAAGAAAAAGAAAAAGAAAGAGGAAGAGGAAGAGAAAGAGGAAGAAGAAGAGAUGAUGGAAAGUAGCUAA